ACAGUAGUAGCACCAAUCAGCCCAAAAUGAACGAAACGGCGCCCACACAAAUCCCUCUAAAGAGAGACAGGAGCAGCAGUAAGCAGCCCAAAAAAAGCGAAUCCGGUUACUUGUACGACGCUAUCAAAAUGCUUACACAGGGGGCCCGCUCCUUUGUGAAAAUAUUACAAAUCACGAAAUUCGUGCAUGACUGCAGUUCAGUAACGAUGCGCAGUUACUUCAACUUUCUUGAUUCCAUUAAGUACAUUUAUCAUUUUAAUGCGUUUCUAAUGUUGGAGGAAAUCAACAACAGAAACUACAAGUCUGUGGCUGAAAUCCUUAGCCGACAUUCGACUUCUCAAUUUAACUCUGCCGAUUACGACGCCAUGCUACAAACUUGGGUACAGGUAGCCAAAGGAUCCGAAGAACUCACGGAAGUAUUCCUACAAAGAAUGGCAUCAUUGACAAUGCCAAAUACGGCCGCUGAACACACGAGCACAUUGUUGUCGAGUUUGCGGAUGUAUAUCGAAUCUUACAUAACUGGCGUAUUAGCUCGACAGGAAACUCUGUUGCUUACAGCAUUUGACUUCGUGAACCAAACAAAGUUAACAAUGGAAGAACAUUCUUUACUUGAGAACCUUCUUGGAAUCAAUCAAGAAAUUCACACACACUCGUUCAAAACAAUGAACACAUAUGUGAUGUUGAUUGAUCGUUUGGCGGAUGUUUCUCAAAGUACACGUUAG